AUGCCUUUUGUCAGUCCUGCACGUUCAAGUUCACGUCUACGCUCAGGUUCACAUCAUCAGCAUCCAGGUAGUAAUCUUCCUCCCCGUCUUCAAAAAAAGCAGAAUCCAAAAUCAGAGUCUACUACUACCCUUAGUAGUAUCUGGAAGAAAUCGGCAUUCAUCCGCUACUGCUGCUUGGUUGAUCUCUUACGCGGCGGCCAGAGACAAGAACACCUAAGCAAGAAGAAUAAAAAGAAGAAGGCGGUCUUGGUCGUUGUUGUGGGCGCGGUUCAUAGGCGGCGAUUGUCCCCGACGCUUGUGGUGCGGGAACGGAGGCGGCGCGGACAUACCAGUGCUGGGAGUGGGAAGAAGAAGGGCAGUCCUAGGACGAGUUAUACAGGAACAGGAACAGGAGCAAGAGCAGGAACAGGAGCAAGAACAGGAGCAAGAACAGGAUCAGGAACAAGGGCAGGGGGGUCAGCAAGGUCUGGGAUUGUCAAUCAGAGGGCCUCCUCCACGACCACUUCCCUGAGGACUUCCGGCGUCACAUCGGUUUAUAACCCCACAGCUCCGCUCCCGCCCAUACCGCAGGAAGAAGAGGAAGGAACAUCGAGCUUGGGCCUGGACCGAGUAGAGGAAGUAGAAGAAGAUACACAGGCAUCAUCAUGCCCUCCGACAGCGGCGCGGCAUCCUCUGAUCAUCUUUGUCCGUGCGUACAAGAAGCGACGGCGGAACCAAGCGGGCACCGAGAAACAGGAUGAGGAGGCAGCAAAUGCCGCCGCCACAGCCGACACCAAGACUGGUAAACAUCGGCGGAGCGGCGCGAGUAGCAGCUUUGGCGGCGGCAGUGGUGAAAGAGGCGGCGGUCGCGAUGCGGAGGAUGUGAUCAGCCCGGUACCCCGCGCGGCGCACUCCCACCAGGAGGCACGGGACAUUGUUGAGCAGGGCUUCCGCCGCAGCCGGCGGUCGGGCGACGGGGUUGAGCGGGGCGUGGUAUUUGGGCAGGGCUACAGCGUGUGGAACGGGCCCGGGCAGCAGCAGCAGGACGAAGGUGCGGCGCCGGUCAUUGGCAAGAUUGAGCGCAUCAUGGGCAAUCCGCUGUCAAACGACUUCUACACAGACCGUGCGAGCGGCAGUGGCCACUCGCGGAAUAACAGCGCUGCAAAGGCAGCAGCAAAGGAGAAGAAGAGGGAGUCGAAGAGACACAGCUAUCCUGUGGUCAACACGAAGAAUGCACCGCUGAGGACGUCUUCGGCGAGGCCGACUACGGCGUUGGAGCUGGACACAAACCUGUCACCCGUGUCGCCAGACGAGACAGAGCUGUCGACUGCGCGCGACUUCUCACCCUAUAGCGGAGACAACGGCAUCUUCAAGUCACUGUCACCGCCCCCAGCGGCACCAGCUGCUAUUGCGCUGCGGUAUCCGAACGUGACGGCCCUGGUGCGAGCCAACAUCCCCGGCGAGUCGGCGUCGAAGCGGUCGUCGUUCCGAUCAUCGCAUCGGACGUCAAGCCGAUUCUCAUACACGCAGCUGCACGACGGGACAAAUCUCUCGGACCACAUCUCGUCGCAGUACAGCCGCUCAAAGAAGGAGCAGAAGUCGCCGUCUCCCAUCCACAUCGAGAAAGUCAAUACACCCGAUCCCCUCCCAAGUCCGCCUGCCUGGGCGGCGUUUGGCGGGUUCGACACCUCACGGAACUCGAAAUCAUCGUCUUCACAGCCAUCCAGGAUCUCCACACUCUCCUCUGGUACCGACAAGUCUGCAGAGCAAUCCGUCAAGAGCCACGGUCACGGCCACAGACUCUCGUGGAACGGCCGGAGCGUCCUAGACCUCGACCCAGCUCCGCCACCAGUCCCUUCAAAGCACUCGCCAACCCCACCGCCCAUCGCGCCCUCCUCCCCUACCCCCUCCUCCCCCUCCCGUCCACUCCGCCGAAAGGACAGAAACAUCCCCAUCGAGCCCAGCUCGCCACCAAAGUUUGCAACAGCCCCAAGAGUCCGCACAUCCGCCUUCGGGCCCUCCCGCCAAAAGAACUACCCGCAGCUUCCGCCCAUCCCGCCAGACCCAGAGGACGUCGCCAGCGGCCAGCUGUUCCUACCAACGCUCAUGUCCCGCUCCGGGUCCAACUCAAAAAUGUCAGUCCUCUCAGUGCCAUCCACAAUCUCGUCCUUAAACACCAUCAACACCAUUACCCGCUCCACAACAGGGCUCUCGCCCACGCCUGCGCGCCAGUAUACACCACGCAACACGCCAGAGCCGUUGGCGGUGGCGCCGGAUGCGAGCAGCAGGAAAAGUAUUGGUGCGAGUACGAUACUGACGGAGACGAGCGAGACGUCGAAUAUGACGGCGGCAGAGCUCGAGCUGGAGAUGAGGAAGAUUAGAGAUCGGGCGAAGAGGGCGUCGGAGGAGAGGAGGGGAAGUAGGGUGAGGUAUGAGCAGAGUUGGUUGGCGGAGGAGGAGGCGGAGAGUUCGAGACCGGGCCAGGGGGUGGGGCAUAGGUUCUUUUGA